AUGCACGCUUUGACUGACGCCAAAAUCCCGCAGCACAUCCAAGCCCCCGUCGCCAUGGAGCCCUGGCAGUCCUGGGGUCUGUUUCUGACCCUCAGCAUCGCCGCCUACUUCUACUACAGCAACCAGAAGAAGGCCACGGCCCGUCCCGCUCGCACUCAAUCUGUGGCCGAGGACACCGCCGUCCGUCCCGCCCGCAAGCGCGAAGAAGCCAAGCCAAAGCGCAAGACUGACGGCGUCGCCUCUGGAAGUGACGCCGCCAAGGGCAGCGAGAAGAACCGCAACAAGAACAAGAAGGAGCAGAAGCCCGCCGCCAAGGCUCCCACUUUCGCUCCCCCGCCUGAAGUCGAUGACGAUGAGAAGGAGGACAAGGAGUGGGCCCGCCAGCUGGCCGAGCUCAAGAAGGGUACCAACCUUGCUCCACCGGAGCGCAAGGUCGGCGGCGGCGCCAGGACUGUCAAGCAGCGCGCCGCCAACGCCGACCGCGCCUUCACCUCUGGCUCCUCUACCAAUGGGGCCGAUGCCGACGCUGAGUUCUCCCCUGCCAUCUCCCCAGCUCUGAACGCCUCUGCGAGCGGCCGCGAUAUUUCGGACAUGCUGGAAGCGCCCUCCGCCGGCCCGUCAGUUCUCCGCCUCACCGAGCCAACCGGCCCGGCGCCUGCGAAGAAGCAGCAGAAGAAGGCCUCGCCCGAGCCCAAGGAGACCAAGAAGCAGCGCCAGAACCGCAAGAAGGUCGAGCAGGCGAAGGCGCUGCGCGAGGAGGAUGAGGCAGCUCGCAAGGUCCUGAUGGAGCAGCAGCGCCGCACGGCGCGCGAGGCUCGUGGCGAACCCGCCAAGAAUGGCCUCGGUGCCCCUACGUCGGCGCCCAGUGCGUGGACGCAGAAGGAGAAGUCCAAGGCCAACGGCAGCGGCGAGCUCCUUGACACGUUCGACAACGAGGCAUCCAACCUCGCGGCCAGCGGCACGUCGACCAACUGGGAGCGGGAUCUUCCGUCGGAGGAGGAGCAGAUGCGCCUUGCGAUGGAGGACUCGACUUGGAGCACGGUUGAGACAAAGGGCAAGAAGGGCAAGAAGAAGACUGCCCAGGCUGAGCCGGAGGCUGAGCAGUACGCGGUCAAGACGCCGGAGGUUCGGUCGCUGCCGCUGACGGAGACGACCAACACAUCGCGCUCCAACACCAUGUCGAGCGAUGUUGAGCCGACCAACGGGCUCAAGGGAUCGGCUGACAUCAGCGAUUAUAUCCAGGGCCAGGUUGGCAGCCACCCGCAGGACUCGGACUGGGCGGUCGUGUGA